AUGUCCUACACUGAGUUACUACCUCGCCUAUUCCACAGUUCAUUAGUUGUACCCUGUCCAAUGAAACCUGUAGAACCACCCUAUCCAAGAGGAUAUGACCCAAAUGCUAAGUGCGAGUAUUAUGCUGGUGGCAUUGGUCAUUCGACAGAGAAUUGUAGGGCAUUAAAGUUCAAAGUGCAAGACUUAAUUAAUGCCAAAUGGCUGAAUUUCAAGGAGGAUAAUCCUAACAUCAGGAGUAACCCCCUACCUGGGCAUGGAGGAUCGUCGGUAAAUGCCAUUGAGGAAGAACUUGCACAUGUUUUAAAGAGGAAAGUUGAAGAGGUUACCACUCCUCUUAAGGUUAUUUUUGAUGAGCUGUGCAAGGCUGACUUGAUCAGGGGUUUUGUACAUGAAGAAAAUAUGUGUGACUUUCACCCUAAUGCAUACCACUCCAUUGAAGAUUGUGAAGAAUUCAAGCAUGUUCUGCAAACCCUGAUGGACAAGCAUUUGGUCCAAAUCGGGCACCCUAAGGAGAAAAAUGAAGUUUCGACUGUUGAUGGACAAUCCUCAACUUUCCCGAAACCCUUGGUCAUUCAUUACACCAAAUGUAUGAAUACCCCAACUACCAAUGGACCUAGACCCAUCACUAUACAAGUACCGGCUCCAUUCCCUUACAAGGACAACCAAGCAGUACCAUGGAAGUAUGAUGCAGGGGUUUAUGUCGACAAUUUUAAGGAAAAUCAAACACAAGGUGUCAAUUCUGAUACUCUCGCUGUCUCACACAUUGCUGGCGUUGGUGGAAUGACCCGCAGCGGUCGUAUUUACACACCCGAGGAGCUGAGAAAGGAGCGAACAAAAGAGAUAGAGACAUCCUCAAAGGGGAAAGCCAAAGUGGGCGAGUUUGAAGACGUUGACAAAGAGAAAAUGCCUGAAAUAAAGAAAGCAGUGUCAGAUGAAGAAGCUUGUGAGUUUUUGAAAUUUAUUCGGCAAAGUGAAUAUCAAGUUGUGGAACAAUUAAACAAAACUACAGCACGAAUAUCUCUUUUAUCGUUGUUGUUGAACUCUAAGCCACAUAGGAGGACUCUUUUAAAAGUGUUGAAUGAGGCUUAUGUCAGCCAUGAUAUCACUACCGACAAGUUUGGAGGCAUUGUUGGUAAUAUUGUUUCAAACAAUUAUCUGACCUUCGCUGAUCAUGAAGUACCUGCUGAAGGAAUGGGGCACAAUAAAGCACUGCAUAUUUCUGUGAAAUGUCGAGAUCACAUUAUUGCUAGAGUGCUUAUUGACAAUGGGUCUUCUCUGAAUGUGAUGCCAAAAGCAACAUUGUCAAAAUUACCUUAUGAUGGGUCGCAUAUGAAACCCAGUGCCAUGAUAGUAAGAGCUUUUGAUGGAACAAGGAGAGAGGUCAUUGGAGAAAUUGAAAUUCCAAUUCAAAUUGGUCCUUGCACCUUUCAUAUUUUGUUUCAAGUAAUGGACAUCGCACCAGGAUACAGCUAUCUUUUGGGGAGGCCUUGGAUUCAUUCUGUUGGAGUUGUACCAUCCACAUUGCAUCAGAAACUGAAGUUUAUCAUUGAUAAUAAGUUGGUGAUUAUCUCUGGUGAAGAAGAUAUGUUAGUGAGCAAACCUUCGUCCACGCCUUAUAUUGAAGCCACUGAAGAAGCUCUAGAGACCUCUUUUCAGGCUUUAGAGAUUGCAAAUGCUACUUAUGUUGGAGAGGAAGCUCCAAUCUUAAAGCCUCGAUUGUCUAAUACAUCCAUAAUGACUGCUAAAGUCAUGCUUGACGGAGGUUGUCAGUAUGGAUACGUGUUAGGACAAACCAUCAUGAAAGCAGCAAACUGGUUACAGCUCCAUGGGAAUAAGGAUAGAUUUGGGUUGGGAUACACGCCCACUAAAGCUGAUAAGAGGAGAGUCAUGGAGGAAAAGAAAGAAAGAAGAUUAGCCAGGUUGGAAGGUAGGGAGCCCAAGACUGAAGGGGUCCCCAUUUGUGAUCUCCUGAAAAGCUUCUAUAGUGUUGGAUUUGAGUUUCAAGACUCAGUGGCUGCUGCUGAUGUGGAUACACCUGAAGAAGAGGUUGUGGACUUAGUCCGCACUUGUCCGCCAAACACGGAAGUUGGCAAUUGGGAGAUCAUCGAGUUACCUGUGAUUUUUAAUAGCUAUUCAAAAUUCGAAAGUGACAUGUCUGAAAGUAACAGUGCUAAUAUCUCAUCCACUAAUUUUGAUUGUCCUAUUAAUCAAGCUGUCGAAGAUGAUAGUGAUGUUGAUUUAGCCUCAGAAUCUCUAAGGUUGGUCGAUCAAGAAGUGAAAGAGAUCCAACCUCGUGAUGAACCCACUGAGACAAUUAAUUUAGGGACUGAAGAUGAUAAGAGAGAAAUCAAAAUAGGCACCCUCAUGAAAAAAACAAAAGCGCGACAAGUUGAUUAA